GUCUAGAUUUGCUUCCACAAACACACCUUCGUCAUGCGUCCCAGCACGAUCAAGGCAUUGUACAAGGUUCUCCUCCGAGAUGUGCGCAAGAUGGCGGCUGCCCCUGGAUUCCGCCUGCGGGAGUCGUUGGUGCCGGAACAAUGGGGGCACGGCACAUUGUACCCAGCGGCUCGCGACGCCACGUCCGCAUCGUCGUACCUCUCCGGCGAAGAAAAGGCACGAUGGACGAAGCUUCAGACUUUCUUAGGACCACAGAAAGGAGGACAAGACGUGGACUUUGUCGAGCUCGUGCGCCUCAAGUUUCGAUCUGGCAAUCCAACGCACUUGGACGACCUCAUGUGGGCGGUGCAGGAAGUGUCCCAUCAGCGCCUCUUGGCCGAAUCGUCUAGUGUCACCAAGACCGACGACGUGCUUGUCGAAGCCACGGGGCGGUACCUUCCCCAGCACUCGGACCCAUCAGCCAGGCGGUUUCGUUAUACGUAUCGCGUCCGCGUGCUCAACGAAGGUGUCGACGCGAUUCGCAUCACGGGGCGGCAUUACAUUUUCGACCACGGCAACCAGAAGCGGGAAAUUCUGCCGCGUCACUCGCCACAGGUGGUCGGCCUCACCCCCACCAUCCAGCCAGGUAUGAAGUAGCCCUGGCAUGUGUAUGUACAUCGAGUCAUGUGAUUCACGUAGGAGAAAUGUUCGAGUACGCCAGUGGAGUCGAUUUGGAGACGAUAGCUGGGUCCGUGCGCGGUUGUCUCCACGCAAUACGCCUCCAUGAGGACGGAUCGGAAACCGAGUUUGAUGCGAUCGUGGCGCCGUUUUCACUUCAGCCGACGGUCUUGGAUGCCAUGAUGUUGCAGUAAUAACAACCAUCAUCAGCAUA